AUGCUAUUAGCUUAUAAUGUUGUUUUACUCCAGGUGGAAUUGGCACUGUGGGAUACGGCAGGUCAAGAAGAUUAUGAUCGAUUGCGGCCUUUAUCUUAUCCGGACACCGAUGUCAUCUUGAUGUGCUUUAGUAUAGAUUCUCCUGAUUCUUUGGAAAACAUCCCCGAAAAGUGGACACCUGAGGUUCGUCACUUUUGUCCUAACGUUCCAAUCAUACUUGUGGGAAACAAGAAGGAUUUGCGUAACGACUCCCAGACGCUUAGGGAGUUGGCUAAAAUGAAACAGGAGCCAGUGAAACCCGAGCAGGGAAGAGCAAUGGCGGAACAGAUUGGGGCAUACGCUUAUUUAGAGUGCUCUGCAAAAACGAAAGACGGUGUACGUGAAGUUUUCGAGACCGCUACUCGAGCUGCACUUCAAGUGAAGAAAAAGAAGAACCGCAAAUGCGUGUUGCUUUAG